AUGGCAAAUAAAGAACUUUAUGAUGAUGAACUAAAUAUAUCAAAUGUUAAAUUAAACGAUAAUUCUAAUGAUGAAAAAUCAAUUUCGUUAAUUUCACUGACGCCAGAACUAUUAGCUGAAAUAUGUGAAAAUUUAUCACCCGAAGAUUUAUAUAUUCUUUCUACCGUUUGUAAAAAAUUUCGUGAAUUCCUUUGGUCAACUUCUAGAUAUACUCAACAAAUAUGGCGUAAUAGUCGAUUGAAAUUUUUAUGUCAACUACGAAAUCCAUUUGAUAAAGAAAUUAUGAGUGAACAACAAUAUAUUUGGUUGAAUUUUUUAGGUAAUUCAUGUCAGUUCUGUGGAAUUGAAAUUAAAGAACGUAUCGAGCAUGUGAUUUGGGAAUUUAAAGUAUUGAGUUGUCAAGAUUGUUUGGAAAAUAAAACCUCUUGUAAAAAAGAUCUUUUAUUAAAACAAUAUCCGAAGGAAUUACUUUCAUGUCUUCCUAGUACUGACAAUAUAACUAAAUCUAAACUUCCUUUUAUAUUUGAGGCUGAAGAAAAUUAUUAUUUAACAGAUGAAGUAAAUGCAAAAUUAGCAGAAUAUACCGCAUUAAAAGGGAUUGAGAAAAACUCAUGGUUAAAGAAUAAAAAAAAUGAAACAAAUAAAUUUAAACAAUUUUAUGUAACUGGUUAUACUCCUUUUGCGCGUCUUGCCCAUACUUCAGCUAUAAUUAGUGAAAAAUUAUAUAUAUGUGGAGGAGAUAUUGAAGGAUAUUCUGUGUCUAAAAUUUCAGAUUUCUUUUAUCUUGACGUGUCACUUAACAAGAUCAUUAAUUAUAUAUUUAAUAAUGAUACUUUAUCUUGGAAUGAACUUUCUAAUCUUAAUAUUAUUUAUACUAGUUGGGGUACAGCAGUUGCGGGUGGAAUAAAUAAUACUGCGUUUAUUUUAUUUGGUGGUCACAUGUCACCAGAUAAUAAUAGUUUGGUUUUAUCAUUUGAUACUAUAAAAAAUACUUGGUCACGUCCAAAUAUUACAGGAAAUCAACCUAUAAGAAGAAGAAAUACUCAAGCUGUUAUUAAUAAUUCUAAUGGAGCGAUGUAUAUAUUUGGUGGUUCAGCUGAUCCAUUUACAGAUUAUCCCAGUUUAAAAUUUUUUAAUGAUAUGAUAAUUUUGGAUACUAUUCUUUGGACUUGGAAAUUUGGAUCAAUUUUCAAUGCACCUUCACCUCGACAAGGUUUUAGUGCUACGAUGUUGCCAGGAGGUAUCAUUGCAUACAUCGGAGGAACUAUUGAAAAUUUAACAAUGGUUUCAAUGUCUGAGAUAAAUCUUUAUAAUACUUUAUCCGAUGUUUGGACAAAUUCAACGGGAAAUAUUCCGGAUCCAAGAACUGGCCAUACUGCACUUCUUAGCUCUGAUCAACAACUAAUUAUAGUCUAUGGCGGAAUAAUGACCAAUAGUUCAAAUGGUGGCAUUAUUUCAGCUGAACCACAAUUAACAGUUUUAAGUAUUACGAAUUUUACUUGGAUUGACCAGGUAGUUCUUGGUGUUGACUAUAUACCGGUGGGAGGUCUCGCAUAUCAUACUGCUAAUAUGGUAGAAAAUUACAUGUUCGUGGCAUUUGUUGCCAGUGUAGUAGGUGGAUUAGCAUUAUUAGGAAUAAUUGCAGCUAUUUCUGGAAUCUUAUUUAAUCGAAAAAAAAGGAAAGUCGGUGUGACAAAAGGAGAAAAUAUUGAACAUCAUCUCACAAGACAAUCCGGUGAAAAUCAAGAAAUUAUAAUAGAACGUGAAUCUGUAGAACAUCAUUUUGUUAUAGGAGAAUCAGGAGAACAUAAAUUUCAUACUGGAGAAUCUGGAUUUACGGAUAAAUCUGGAAACGAAGUACAUGUUCAAUCUACAGAAGAAUCUACAAAUAAUCCCCCUUCUCAAAGUUCUUAA